AUGAAUGACACACUUCGCAUGUCGGCUGUCCGAUGUCCGCCCCCUCGGCAGGCCCGAGGGACGGUGCUUAAUACUAUAAUGGAGGAUACGCGUGAAUAUCAGCUAGCCCAACUAAGUCCGAAGAGCUCACCCGCUCCCAGACCUACACCGGCCACCCUUAGCCCAAAGUUAAGGUUGCAGACCAGCGGGCUAUCACUACCAACGCAUGCUCGGCUUGCUCGUCUGAUGUCGCCUCUCUCAGCCGGUACUACCUCUUCAUGCUCGGAUACAGAAUGGCAGUCGCAAAUGCAAGGAUUCCAAGGAUAUGAUGACUUGUAUGAUGCCUCAGAUGAUGAUAGUUUUGACGACAAUGAGACCGAGAUCAGUGACUCGUGCUUUUCCCCCGAUACACGACCAUCGAGCUUAAUUACGCCAAUCACUCGAAACUCGGUGACCUCAACUGGGAGCCGGAAGCAUGCCUUGACUCUUGAGAUUCCCUCGUCUAAUCUAUGGCCAUCGAUGAACGGGACUCUCAAAGGUUCUCCCGUCCCGCCAACGCCGCCAGCCAAGAUCCCUGUCUCGCCGGCUGCUCUUUCAAUGCUCAGUCGUUCGGUGCCUGCAUCGUAUGCCCCACCGUCACUCGAUGGAAGUAUGUCUUCCGACCAGGAAUCAGUCAUCAGUGCAUUAGCCACACCGGACUCUCAUUCUCUGCCAGACACGAACUGGGAUGCACAUGAUAUUCACGUACGACCAGAUUUGGAUGGAAGUGAAAGCGAUCUAGACAACGCAGAUACCAAUUCCGAUAUUCAAACAAUACCGAUUGCAAUUGAGGCUCCCGCUGAGGACUGGCGGCAAUAUUUGGGAAGUUUCCCCGGGAUUCCAACUGCCGCACGGGCAUAUUCACCCUCGCCCGAGCCAUCUCUUCAAUUGAAUGAUGAGCCAAUUCAUGAAUAUGAUGACCUAUACGACGCCCCGGAGCCUGUUGAUCAGGGCGUUUUUCUGCCUGACUCGGCAUUGGCCAUGCUACACCACAUUCGUCUGGAUGGAACACCUGACUCGUGGUCUGAGACGUCAGAGGGGAAUGGCGAGAUGUGGCAACUCCAAGCACCUCCCAGUCGCCCAAGAAGUGCUGACGGUGUCACUCCCGCAUCUGAGCUGUCUGGCUACAGCUUCAGUGACUUGAGCAUUCCCUCUCCUGGUGGCUUCUUCGCCUCUCUUGCACCCCGUGCGCGCCACACUUGGUCGAUCCCCAACACGAAUCACCAGCCCACUUCAGCGGCUGCAGAGGGAUUCUACAAUCUACCUUGGCGCAGGGAUGAAGGAGAGAUUGUUGAACAGGUAGUGGAAUGGCCUGAGCGACCCGUCGACGACGAUCCGAUCACAGCGGUUCGUGACGAAGAGGGCCCGCCAACUGCCAUCCGACUUCCCUGUGACACCCCAACUCGCCGGUCUGUCUACCAAGAUAGCCCAAUGAGUGCUGCGUUUGAUGUCGUCCAGGUUCAGGAGAUUCCUCGAUCUGGAAACGGAUAUGAAUAUGAUGAAUGCUAUGAUCAAGAGCUGCAGGACCGUGCAGUUGCCAGCCAUGAUCGUACCAGUGUCUGGCUGUCUGCCCAAGCAUCUUACCUUGCCGCCCUCAAUGAGACCAAUCCCGUGAAUGAUACUGAGCUCGAUGAGGUGCUCGAGGCGUCGGAUAAUGUUGACACUGAGGUCAAAGACACGACGGGAGACUCUUCCAUGAAGAUGGUCCGAUUCGCGGAAGGAGUUCCCGAGUCUCUCAGCCCUCUGCCUCCAAUCCUUGCUAGCAAGGAUUCAAUCUAUUGGCAGGGCUUCCAGUCUAUCCGGGAACGGUCUACCAAGACUGACGGAUUUAUGCAUCGCAACUUGCGCUUUGACGCGGUCCACUCCAUGCGCCUCGCCAUGAGUGACUUGCACAUCAACUGCCUUCAAGGCAAGUAUGAGGUCGUUCGCCCAGAGCGCCCUGCGUACAAGGGACCUUUUGCGAAGGCUCCCCGUAAUUCUGUGAUCACCUUGGAGCUAGCCGAGAAGGCCCAAUUUGCCAAGUUGGAGAAAGAGCAGCUUGUCCUUGCUCAAUUGUGCCAGCCAAUGUGGGCCAUGGAUGCUUUGCGGUCUCUCAAUGGGGGAAACCUGCUUACCAGUCCCGCCCAGGGCGCGCUUGCUCGAACCACCACCAAGCCUAAAGCCUCGCAGGGACCUCGCCAGCGCAGCUUCCGAAUCCUAGACCUUGGCGGUCACUCUUCAUGCGACUGGGCAUGGCAAGCUGCCUAUGAGUUCCCCAAUGUCAAGGUCUAUACUGUCGCCCUGAAGAGCCAGGCCAUCGACAACGCCAUCAAGGGCCCUCCCAACCACCGCCAGGUGACCGUGACAAACCUCUGGGAGCUCCCCUUUGGCAACAACCAAUUCGAUGUCAUCUCAGCGCGCUCCUUGCACGCCCUGCUGAAAGCCGAAUGUCCCAUCGGAAAGGACCGCGAUGAGUAUGAUCUUGUUCUGAAGGAAUGCAUGCGAUGUCUCAAGCCGGGCGGCUACCUAGAGUUCCAAGUGCUGGAUGCAGAGAUCUCGCGAGCCGGACCAUACGGCAGCGCGACGUCCGUUGAGUUUGCCUUCAGUCUUCGCACUCGUGGCUAUGACCCUGUCGCAUCGAAGAGCUUCCUCGCUCGUCUCCGCAACAGCGGAUUUGUCAACACACAGCGCGCAUGGAUGUUCCUCCCAAUGGGCACGGAGCCAGUCCACCCAGAGCCACCGCGCGAGACACCUGCACCGCGCGUGCAGAGCCAAAUCGAAGAGUACGAAGCCGUGCAAGGGCCCAUCGGCAGCACGGCGGAUAUUGCCAGUGUGACUGGACUGAUCGGGGGGUGGAUGUGGGAGCAGUGGUUGCUGAAGUUGCGGGUGGAGAUGGGUCGUGAGAGGAGUAAGUUGCUUGAGGGCGUUGGAGCGCUGUUCGAUGAGGGGAGGAAGAGUGGUGCCGGGUGGACGUGUUUGUCUGGCUGGGCUAUGAAACCGAAACGGAGGAGUGGCGUGUCUUCGUCUGUUGCUGGGUCUGUUUAG